AUAGCUUGCGUAUAGAUGGCAAUAUCGCUUUGAGCUACAGACAGAAUUUGCAGAAAUUUGGUCAGUUCACCAAUCUAAACAUUUACUACAUUUUGUCCGAAGAUAAACGUCUUUUAUUAUCUGAGAACCGGUUAGAUCAGUGUAGUCUUGAUUUAAACAACAACAACAACACAAAAUGAUGUCUAUACCCAUUUUCCCCAUGGCAAACCCGAAGGGAAGGAGGAAAGUGUGCGAGCUUUGUCAGAAACCAGCUUACCUCCAGUGCACAAAAUGCCGGGUCACUUUCUACUGUAAUGUGGCUCACCAGCAGGCAGAUUGGAAUAGCAUCCAUGAGAAAGUGUGUGAGCUGCUGAUGUCCAUACGAAACUCUGCACCAUUCACCUGUUUCCCAACUGACGGAUACGUCCAUCCUUUGCAGAAUCAGAAAAGAUUGGAGCACCUGAUGGAGCUCUCCCGUGCUGCAGCUAAGAGCUGGGUAACAGAAGGGAAGUACAGUGAAGCAGUGCCAGCAGCUCAGCUCUGCUUGCGCUGUGCUAUUGAAAUUUACGGCCCUGGUGAUGUUGAACUGGUGCCAGUCUACUUGCUGCUUGCCGAGGCCAGUAUAGGUUUAGGUUCCUUGUCUGAGGCUGAAAACUAUCUCUCACAGGCACAGUGGAUGGUAUUGAAGAAUCCAGGCUGCAGUUGGUCAGUUCUUCAUCUGCUCCACAGAACCCUGGGCUGCUUGUACUCGGCCACAGGAGACUACAGCUCUGCCCUGCUGCACUUCGCCAAUGAUGUGUACUAUGCAAGUGAAGAGUUUGGUUUGGAUAGUGUGGUGACGGCUAGAGGCUAUUUCUUGAUGGCAAAUGUGUUCAUGAAACAGGAGAAGCCAGACAUUGUAAACUCGCUCUAUUCAGAGGUUGCCAGUACAUGGCAUGCUCACUUGUCUAAGUUGAUGGAGUUCAACAGUCAGAAGGAACAUGAGGAAGCACAGUACUUUGAUCUGGCACAGUGUGCAGAGGUGAAUCGGAUGUUGAGUGUGAUGUUGGAGGCUCAGCAGCAGGAUGUAAAUACAGAUCCUGCUGACAGCACCACACUUUCUUACUCUAUAGGGCAGAGGGUGUUGCUGUUUCACUCUCUCGCCAUGCUCUGGUUCCUCUGCAACGACCACAAGAAGGCGCUGGACUUUGGCAGAAAGGCAGCAGAGUUUAGCCAGCAGUGCCAACACAGCAGUCUGACCGAGUCCAUCCAGAGUCUUGUACAACAAACAGAAACACACCUCAAACAGCCAUCAUUCACCACUAACUAAUACAUUCAACACUCACAUACUAACACACACUUAAUAAUCAACAGUACACUCAACACACACCCCUGACUAAUCAUAAUGCACCUAGCCCUCAUAGAUUCACUGCUUACUCAUAACCUCAAUAUAAAGAUGUGCACAGCGCUCACACACUCUUCCCAAUUAUACAAAUUAAACAAUAAAAAUGAUUGUUCUG